AUGUCCAGCCACCCUCUCUCACAGCUCUCUGAGCUCGAAACCACCAUCGCCAGAGACGUUGUCGUCAACUCACACCCCGACAAAGUCAUCUUCUUUCGGGAAAUCUACCUUCAGGAACCAGCAAAGGCAGAACUCAUUCCGUAUUUAGAACUAGAGCAUUCGGGUAAAUUGAGCCCGACAACGCCUCGUCCCCAACGAUUGGCGAAAUGUCAAUAUGAUGUUGUUGGUGGGGAUCGUGAGCCGGAAUAUCAUGAGUCCGUUGUUGAUGUUGAAUUGAAGAAGAAUGUAAACCAUGUUGUGGUAGGGAAAGAACAUCAUGCUCCUUUGACGCUCGACGAGUUCGACAUCUUCGUCAAAACCUGUCAAGAAUCACCCCUCUUCAAAGAAGCCAUAUCCAAAUUCAAACUCCCAGAAGGCUUCGAUUUUGUCAUCGAACCAUGGCCUUACGGCGGUCGUGAUCGCGUAACAGACGAUAACCGCUACUUCCAAGGCCUGAUCUUCGCCCAGGACAAGCGUUCCAACAACCCGGACUCUAACUUCUAUGCCUACCCCAUCCCUAUUAUCCCCGUCAUGGAUUACCACAAUCGCGAAAUAGUCCGCAUCGAAAAAUUGGCUACGGGCGGAAAGGGAGAUUCCCUGACUGCAUCGGAUGCUGAUUUUAGAGAGGACGUUAUUGGACAUUGUACGACGGCUGAGUAUGUACCAGAGCUGUUGCCAAAGGGGACAAGGAAAGAUUUGAAGGAGUUGAAUGUGCUGCAACCAGAUGGUCCCUCAUUCAAGGUGUCGCAGGAUGAUUCGUUGGUUGAGUGGCAGAAGUGGAGAUUUCGUGUUGGGUUUAAUCCGCGUGAAGGCGCGACGAUACACGACGUUUGGUAUGAUGGAAGGAGUGUUCUUUAUCGAUUAAGUAUGAGCGAGAUGACUGUACCAUACGCAGAUCCCCGGUACCCGUUCCAUCGGAAGCAGGCCUUUGACUUUGGAGAUGGAGGUGCUGGAAACUGUGCGAACAAUCUGUCACUUGGAUGCGAUUGCUUAGGUGUUAUCAAGUACUUUGAUGCCGUCAUGACAGACGGCGAAGGCAACGCCAAACCCGCCCCGAAUGUCGUCUGUCUCCACGAACAAGACAACGGUAUCGGCUGGAAGCACACCAACUGGCGCACUGGACGCGCCGUGGUCACCAGAUCCCGCGAAUUGGUCGUACAAUUCAUUAUCACACUCGCCAACUACGAGUACAUCUUUGCAUACAAAUUCGACCUUGCUGGCGGUAUCUCAGUUGAAUCUCGAGCUACAGGAAUUGUCAGUGUGGUAAACAUCGACCCCGGCAAACAGUCCGAGUACGGCAACGUGGUCGGUAACGGCGUCCUGGCACAGAACCAUCAACACGUGUUUUGCAUCCGUAUUGAUCCUGCUAUUGAGGGACACAAGAACACGGUAUACGUGGAGGAAUCACAUGCCGUGGAGAUGAAUGAUGUCACGAAUCCAGAAGGAAACUUCUACCAGAUUCAAAAGACGCCAGUUGAGAGAGCGGCUUGGUUUGAUGCUGCACCUCAGCAUAACCGGAUUAUCAAAAUGGUUAAUACCGACAAACGCAAUCCGAUCAGUAAAAACCCCAUAGGAUAUAAAUUCACACCUAUGGCGACGCAGCUUUUACUUGCCGACAAGCGUUCUCUCCAAGCAAGGCGGGCGCAGUUUGCUCAACACCACGUAUGGGUGACGAAGUACCGCGAUGGUGAGCUUUACGCUGGCGGCCAAUACACCCUACAGAGCAAAGACGAGAUCGGCGGAGUUGCUGAUGCUGUGAAACGAGGUGACAGUGUGUCGAAUGAAGAUGUUGUGGUAUGGAGUGUCUUUGGUAUAACUCAUAACCCCAGAGUUGAAGAUUGGCCAGUCAUGCCAGUGGAAUGCUACCAACUCAACAUUCGCCCAGCAGACUUCUUCACAGAGAACCCAUCCAUUGAUGUCCCGUCAAGCAAGAAUAUGGCUUCUCAACUGGUCACUUCAAGUUGUUGUUCAAAGCCUAGCUUGUAG